CCCCCCCCUCUCUGAACGGUUCAGUGCACGUGUUCUCCUGUCAAAAUGCAUCUUCGAGCUCUCCUUCCCAGUUUGGCAGUUCAACUGCUGGCUUGGCCACAAGUCUCCCAGGCGAGAGCCGUAGAAGACAGCCAAUAUCAGAGAGUCGGGAGAGCCGUGAACGGAACCUCGCCAUGCAACCAAACCGCGUUGCCGGUUUGCGAGGAGUUCACUGUCCCGAUUCACGUUGACAAGACGGCUCCUGGCGAGUUCUCCCUCGAGAACUACAACAUCAAGUCCCUGUUUGCUUUUGCCGGGAGACAGGUGCUUGUGGAAGCCGACUAUGAUAUGUCGGUUCGUCUCUGCGAGCCUGCUGCCGGCAUUGAGCGCAAAGACACCCUCCAACUUCUACUGCACGGUGCAACUUUUAGUAAAAUCAUGUGGGAUUUCCCCUACAAGCCGGAGACUUACAGCUGGACGCGGUUCAUGACCAAUGCUGGUUACACGACUCUGGCCGUUGAUUUCAUUGGGGUUGGCAACAGUUCCAAGCCUGAUGGUCUUUUCGAGGUGCACACUGAAACAUUCGUUCAGACUAUCCAUAACUUCAUCCAGACCAUUCGCGCCGAGGGCUUUAUGGGACGGACUUACGACAAAAUUGCUAUGGCGGGUUUCUCUGUCGGCUCUAUCGUCGCUAAUAGCAUUGCGGACAGGUACCCUGACGACGCGGAUAUAAUCGUGCUCCUUGGUGUUACGUGGGACCUUCUCUGGGUUUACCCUGCCUUCCUCUCCGGAAUGCAGACGGACGCCGGUGUUAUUGACCCUGAAAGAUGGGGCUACCUCCCGGAUUUCUACCAAACUCACCCUAGUAUCGAGGCCCGAGAAGUGGCCUGUUUCUGGGGCGAGUUCGACGAAGGAGCCUUGGAGAUGGAUUUCGAGACUCGCGACAUGGAUACUCUUGGCAUGGCUAUCUCCUUCACUUACCACUUGGUUACCGCUAAGGAGUUCUCGGGUCCUGUGUUCCUUGGCAUCGGCCAGCAGGACACCACGUUCUGCCGGAAGACCUGCGGCAGCCAGCCAUACGCCGUGUAUGACCGUUUCCCCCAGGCCAACGAUCACGUUGUCAAGGUCUACGAGAACACCGGCCAUGCACUCAUGUACCAUCAUGCUGCUCCCAACCUGUACCGCGAUGUUCAGGAUUUCUUGGACUCUCACAUCUAAGUCUUGAUGGAAACAUAGCUGUCCAAGUUGUCUGUUUUCGAGACUAUCCUCUUUCACUUCUCAAACUCGAGAUAUGUAACUAUCAAGUCCAUGGAAAGUAAUCUGUCACGGGAUGGAAGUCAUACAAAUCUCAUCAAGCAAAGACUAGCAUAUUGUUAAUAGCCUCACACUUUAGUACCAGACCUUAUCCCUGAACCGAGAAUGAACCUUCAGCGCCUGUUCGGUUGUAUGAAGUAAACCUCACU